AUGUUCUUGGUAGAUAUAUUUUUUCACAUUUCCGAGUACCAUUUAGCCAUUGCCAUAUCAAACGUCACUCUCAGAUCUCUCCUCAUCGACAAACGAUACAUUAUAUUGUCGGAGUAUUUCCUUGAACUUCUUUUGAUCCCUCAAGUGAGGGAGUUCUGGUGGAUAAGCAACUUGGGGCUUGCAAUGGUUGUGGUAGGCGAAAUCAUUCGUGUGACGGCAAUCAUCACCGCCGCUAAGGCGUUCACGCUUGUUAUAAUUAGGACUCGCCGCGACGAGCGUCACAAACUAGUCACGCAGGGAAUCUACAAGUAUGUGCGAAAUCUGGGCAGUUGGUACCCAGUCUGCGUUCUUAUCCGGGAUUUUGCAAUGCUUUGA